GACGAGUACAACGUCAUCAGUAUGCGACCUUGGGAAAAAGGCGGAGGGAAAGCCGAUUUCAGGAUUAAACAGUAGGAUUACAGCUAAAAGCACAUUGCUUGGGGCUUUAAAAUACCGAAUCUGUUUAAAUAUAACAUCCACGAAAUAUGUCUAAAGAAAUUCGAGAAAAUGUAAUUGGCUAAUAUAACUGAACUAGCAUGUAAUUAGGCGGAUCGCUAGCACUUGACAACAACGACGACGACACAACAACCCUGGUUCCCUUGACAACGGCGCGGAAGCUCUACAAUUCCAAUAUAGAGAUAACGUUACAAUACAUGUAUUAAUUGGCAUUCUUUGAGGCACAAGUUUUCGAGUUUAUAAAAGGAUAAACACACAUUACGGUCAGACUCAAAAAAUGUCUUCAGGGACCGAGAUGAACGCCGAAUCGAGUAAGUGGCUGGACGCUCAUUACGAUCCGGUGGCGAAUCUCUACACAUUCUCAUCAUGUAUAGACCUUGCGGACCUAAACGGGGACGGAGAGAACAGACUUGUUAUUGGAGAUCUGGGCACGGGCUCCUCCAACAUGAAGCUGAAGGUGUACCGCGGAACAGCGCUGAUGAAUGAGAGCACGCUACUGGAUCUGCCCACUGGCUUGGUGUCAUUUCUCAUGGACCUGCACGAACCUCGUAUCCCUGCUAUUGCUGUUGCCUCUGGUCCUUUUAUCUAUGUGUACAAGAACCUCAGACCCUACUUCAAAUUCACACUACCAAGCCUUGAGAUCAAUGCUCUGGAACAGGACGUGUGGCAGCAGGCGAGGGAGGGGCAGAUCGAUCCGCUGGCGUUGAAGGAGCUGCUGGAGGGCAUACGCGACACGGCCGACGUCCCGCUCUCGGUGCGCUCCCUGCGGUACCUGGGUCUGGAGACACAGGACAUGGAGGAGUUUGUGAGCCUGCACAAGCAGCAACCCAUACGAAGACAGACUGUGAUCACGUGCAUCGGGACGCUGAAGAAGAGCUCGGCGGACGAGGACGGGGUCAGCUGUCUGGUGAUCGGCACGGAGAGCAACGACGUGUACAUCCUGGACCCCGAGGCCUUCACCAUCCUCUCUAAGCUGUCGCUGCCCAGCGCUCCCACCAUGAUGGACGUGACGGGCCAGUUUGACGUGGAGUUCCGCAUCACGGUGGCCUGCCGCAAUGGAAACAUCUACAUCCUCCGCAGGGAGUCAUCCAAACCCAAGUACUGCAUCGAGCUGUCCUCCCACCCCGUGGGGCUGGUGAGGGUCGGCAAGAACGUGGUGGUGGGCUGUGCCGAAGAACGACUAUACGGCUUCACACAGAAGGGUAAGAAGCUGUGGACGGCCCAGCUCCCGGCCCCCAUCACCACCAUGGCCACCAUGGACCUCCCCACCCGGGGCUUCCAGGCCGUGCUGGUGGGCCUGGCCAACUGCGAGGUGCACCUUUACCGGGACAAGAACCUGGUCAGCACCAUCAAGAGCCCCGACGUGGUCACCGGCCUGCGCUUCGGCCGCUACGGCCGCGAGGACGGGGCGCUGGUCAUGACCACCAAGGGCGGCGGCCUGGCGGUGAAGAUCCUGAAGCGCACGGCGGCGUUCGACGAGCGCGACGCAGCCCCGGGCCCACCGCCGGCCCAGAGCGUGCGGCUCAACGUGCCCAAGAAGACCAAGCUGUACGUGGACCAGACGCUGCGGGAGCGCGAGCACGCCACCGCCAUGCACCGCGCCUUCCAGAUGGACCUGAGCCGCGUGCGUCUGGCGGCGGCCCAGGCCUACGUCAGGGCCCUGGAGGCCAGCCUGACGCCCAUGUCGGCCAACCCGGCGGCCCCGCUCAAGCUCAACGCCGUGGUGCAGGGGCUGGGCCCGGCGUUCAAGCUCACGCUCAACGUGCAGAACACGGCCGCCAGCCGGCCCAUCCUGAACCUGACGGUGAGCUUCCUCUACGACGGCGGGCUGUACAGCAUGCGGACGCCCUACUUCCGGAUCCCGCUGCUGGUGCCGGGCCUGGUGUACCCCUUCGAGACGCUGGUGGAGUGCACCAGCGACAAGGGCAUCUCGGACGUCAUCAAGGUGUUUGUCCUGCAUGACGGGAAGACGGCGCCGCUGCUGACCGCGCACAUCAACAUGCCCGUCAGCGAGGGGCUGGCGCUGGAGUGAGACGGAACCCCGUACGCGUGCACACACACACACACACACGCACACACACACCUGCCAGCCAGCCCACCUGGUCGAUGCUUAUGGGUAUUAGGUAUUCCAGCACCUCCAAGGAUCAGGGCCGUCUGAUACUCAAAUUGCAGUGACUUGACGCCACUGAUUUGAUGUCCUCAUGAUGGCUUUGAAGUGUUGCAUCCAACGCGUAGACGUUUAACGUCAAAUCAAUACAUUUUGUUAAUAAUUGUCAAACACGAUUCACACUAUACACAUUUGGACAAAACAUAACGUUUCAGUUGUGUUGAAUACACUACAUUCAUUAUUUCUUAUUUAUUUGAUUCAGUUGCUUUUCUCUAUUCUAAAAAUUGACAAGCCAGACUUUGGAAAGGUCCUUAUUUGCACCAUUGAGAGCUUACGGUUGAAUGUAAUUCUCCCUGAUGAACCCCUACUCUUCCAAAAUCACUGUGAAACCGUAUGUAAAGUUACUAUAUAGAAGCAGAAAAUAUAAUUAUCGUAAUCUUAUUACAUUUUUAUAAUAUCAUAACUUUGAGUAUAGGAAGGUUUUAUCAAUAUGAAAGAAGUUAUGUUUUUUGUUUUAGAAUCAACAUUUGUAUGUGAUGGAUCUAGUAUUUUUUGAAAAAUCCAUAAAUAGGUGAUGUAUUGUUAUUCUAUGUGUCAAUAUACGGUAUAUUAGGUUAACGAAAAUUAUUCAUUCCAUUUGUUGUGUAGAAGCGCACAACCAAAGUAUAAUAGUUUGUUUUGCGACCCAAAACUCAGGGAAUAAAUACUGCUAUUGAAAAGUUAAAUAAAAUAAAUCUAUUUAAACACA